UACACUGCCCAAAGGGAGCCAUGGCUGCAGAGAACCCCGUGGAAAGUCUCCAGGAGGAAGCGACAUGUCCCGUCUGUCUGGAGUAUUUCACAGAACCUGUCACUCUGGAGUGCGGGCACAAUUUCUGCCUAGCCUGCAUCAGCCAGUACUGGGAGGGAUCCGAUACAGACAUCUCCUGCCCUCAGUGCAGACAAACUGUGCAACAGAGAAACCUCAGGCCCAACAGGCAGAUGGCAAACAUGGUAGAAAUCGCCAAGCAACUGAGUUUACAGGCAGCAAAGGGAAGAGGAGGGGACAGGGUGUGUGGGGAACACCAGGAGUCGCUGAAACUGUUCUGUGAAGAGGAUCAAACCCCCAUCUGUCUGAUCUGCAGAGAGUCCCGGGCUCACCGCGCUCACAUGGUGGUUCCCAUACAGGAAGCCACCCAGGAGUACAAGGAAAGAAUCCAGGCCCAAUUGAAGACUCUGAGGGAUGAGAGAGAAAAGCUGCUGGGAUUGAAAGUGACUGGAGAGGGGAAAAGCCAGAAGUAUCUGAAACAAACACAAACCGAGAGGCAGAAGAUUGUGUCUGAAUUUCAGCAACUGCGGCAGUUCCUGAAGGAACAAGAGCGACUCUCUGGCCCAGCUGGGGAAGCUGGACGAAGAGAUUGCGAGGAUCCAGAGUGA